CUUCGACUUCCAUCACCAUCAGCACCCAUGACCUUCAUUCCCGAAAUCGCGACCCUUCCCGCAACUCCAAGGCCAUUUGCCCCUCCCAGGUUCGCACGCAAAGCUUACGCCCGGCCUACCGACCACCACGGAAACUCUGAUGACACAACACCACCUUCAUCCUCCGCGUCUCAGGUCGGGGAAGAACCGACAAAGCCCGCGUCGCCCCUGCUGGUGCCGAGCACCCUCGAUCGUGCGGACUCAUCACCGGCUCCCGCCCCGAGCGCACCAGUGGUGCCUACGAAGAGGAAGUACACCUACAGGUGUCCCUAUCAUGACUGCGGGGAAACGUUCACUCGCAAGACGGAUCGCAACCGGCACAUGCUGAAUGCGUGCAUAUCCGAGUCCGCGGAAGCACAGGGGGCGCGGCGGGAGCACCCCUCGCCUACUUGGCACUGCCCCGUUUGCGGCAAGGUUCUCUCUCGGCGGGAUGCGACGGAGCGACACAUCAACAAGGGGACGUGUGCAAAGGGACGGUGCGGGAUGUGCGGAGAUCGGAUGACGGAACGGGCUAUCAAGGGACAUUUGGACGAUAUGGGCGAUGGGAAUAUGAAGUGCUUCUCAGCGAAGCUUGCCACGAAGGCGGCGAGGAAGUCGAAGAAGCGUAAGUUGGAGGGCAAGGAGGACGAAGAAGAAGAGCUUGAGGUGGAGGUGGCGCUUGGCGAGGAUGAUCUCGACGAUGAACUUGAGGGCGACGAUGUCAAAGAGGAGGAUAGGAAAGUCGACAACGAGCAACUCCAGCCUCUCAAAAGCGAGGACGCAACAAUGGAGGGGUGCUAGCUAAAUCACGAUUCACUAUUUGUAAUGUCGGAUGCCAUAGAAUCACUUCAUG